UUGCCGUAUUGCAUCAUUAUCGCCCCAGAUCUGCGCGCCUCUCUCCGUGGCUGCACCUCGGACCUUUCCGUUCCCAUGGGGGGCCGCCGACAAGGAUGUUUUGGUGCAUACGACCGGUGGUGCGUGGGAGCCGCUGCACAACGCGGAACACACCGGGAAGGGUAUAAAAACGCGGCACUGGCGCCGCGUGCUCAUCUGACUGCAUUGGCAACACAGACACCAUGAAGAUCCUGCUGGUCGCACUUCUGGUGGGCGCCGCCUCGGCGUUCGUGGACAGGGCAGAGUGGGAGGCCUUCAAGCAGAAACAUGCCAAGUCCUACGUCAACCCUAUCGAAGAGUUCUACAGGAUGAAGGUAUACGCAGAUAACAAGGUCAAGGUUGAGCAGCACAUGAAGGAGUACGCUGAGGGAAAGCACACCUUCACCCUGGCCCUGAACAAGUUCGCCGACCUGACCUCUGAGGAGUUCGCCCGCGGCUUCAAGGGACUGAAGAUCGGCAGCACCACGCCUCACGUUAUGCACCAGAACACGGGCAAAGCUGCGCCUACCAGCCAGGACUGGCGUGAUUACGGCGUGGUGACCGGCGUCAAGGACCAGGGCCAGUGCGGCUCGUGCUGGUCGUUCUCUGCCACCGGCGCGCUGGAGGGUGCCUGGGCGCUGGCCGGCAACACGCUGGUCUCGCUCAGCGAGCAGCAGCUGGUCGACUGCUCCACCGCCUACGGCAACGCCGGCUGCAACGGCGGCUGGAUGGACUCGGCCUUCCAGUACAUCCGUGACCACGGUGGCAUUCAGUCGGAGGCCUCCUACCCGUACACGGCCCGGGACGGCACCUGCAAGGCCAGCGGACACAACGUGGCCACCCUCCGCAGCUACGCGGACAUCCACUCCGGCAGCGAGAGCGGCCUGCUGGACGCCGUCGCCAACGUCGGCCCCGUGGCCGUCGCCAUCGACGCUUCCCACUUCUCGUUCCAGCUGUACUCGGGCGGUGUGUACAACGAGGCUCACUGCUCCAGCAGCCGCCUGGACCACGGCGUGCUGGCCGUCGGCUACGGCACCGAGAGUGGCCAGGACUACUGGCUCGUCAAGAACUCGUGGGGCACCGGCUGGGGUCUCAGCGGCUACAUCAAGAUGAGCAGGAACGCCGGCAACCAGUGCGGCAUCGCCACCUCCGCCUCCUACCCCAUCGUCUAGAAUCGAAAUAACUGGCAGUCUAGAUCAGACCCCACGGCCCCACCGGCCAUUUGGUAGCAGUGACAUGCAAAACAGGCUGCUAUUUCAAGGCCAGAACUUUGAUUGUGCAACAUUUUGACCUGGUUUUCUUGAAUACAACUUCUCAUUCAGCUUGCAAA